AUGUCCACUCACGUUCUGGGAUUUUCACGCAACUGGACUCCCCUCCCCCUGGCAGCGCCCAGGGGCGCUGUCUCCUCUCCCUCAGAUCCGGCAACCGCAGGGAAUGACGCGGGUGCCCCUACAGCCCCGGCUCCGGGCGGGGAGGGCGAGACCCACAGCCGGCACCAAGACGCCCGCCUGGGCAGCACCGAUAAGGAGCUGAAGGCAGGAGCCGCCGCCGCGGACAGCGCCCCGACAGCGCCGGGGACCCCCUGGCAUCGAGGGCCUCGGGUCGCGGUUAUGGAUGCAGCGGGCGGCUCCCGGAACCCGCUCCCAAGGCCCUGCCGAGUGCUGGUGCUGUUAAAUCCGCGCGGGGGCAAGGGCAAAGCCCUGCAGCUCUUCCGGAGCCACGUGCAGCCCCUGCUGGCCCAGGCCGAUGUCUCCUUCACGCUGACGCUCACUGAGCGGCGGAACCACGCCCGGGAGCUGGUGCGGGCGGAGGACCUGAGACGUUGGGACGCGCUGGUGGUCAUGUCUGGAGACGGGUUGAUGCAUGAAGUGGUGAACGGGCUCAUGGAGCGGCCUGACUGGGAGACCGCCAUCCAGAAGCCCCUGUGCAGCCUCCCAGCCGGCUCUGGCAAUGCACUGGCCGCUUCUGUGAACCAUUAUGCCGGCUACGAGCAGGUGACUAAUGAAGACCUCCUGACCAACUGCACACGGCUGCUGUGCCGCCGGCUGCUGGCGCCCAUGGAUCUGCUGUCCCUGCAAACGGCCUCCGGGCAGCGCCUCUUCUCCGUGCUCAGCCUGGCUUGGGGUUUCAUCGCUGACGUGGAUCUGGAGAGUGAGAAGUUUCGGCGCCUGGGUGAGAUGCGCUUCACUCUGGGCACCUUCCUGCGUCUGGCGGCCCUGCGCACCUACCAGGGCUCCCUGGCCUACCUCCCUGUAGAAACGGUGGUCUCCAAGAUGCCCCCCUGCCCCGCUCGGGACCAGCAGGCCCAGCAGGGCCCUGUGGACGCCCACCUGGUGCCCCUGGAGGAGGCAGUGCCCUCUCACUGGACAGUGGUGCCGGAGCAGGACUUCGUGCUGGUGCUGGCACUGCUGCACUCACACCUGGGCAGCGAGAUGUUUGCUGCACCCAUGGGCCGCUGUGCGGCCGGCGCUAUGCAUCUGUUCUACGUGCGGGCAGGUGUGUCGCGGGCCACACUGCUGCGCCUCUUCCUGGCCAUGGAGAAAGGCAGGCACAUGGCGUGUGACUGUCCCCACUUGGUGUAUGUGCCCGUGGUUGCUUUCCGCCUGGAACCCAAGGACAGGAAGGGUGUGUUUGCUGUGGAUGGGGAACUGAUGAUCAGCGAGGCUGUGCAGGGCCAGGUGCACCCGAACUACUUCUGGAUGGUCAGUGGCUGCAGGGAGUCCCCACCCAGCCGGAGGCCACCUCCAGCGGAGCACUUAUGACUCCGCGGGCCUUGCCGUGCCUUCGUCUGUCUACUUGGUUUCCUCUGAGCUUAGGCCCCUGCCCCCCCCCAAAGAGUGGAGGGACUGUCCACAGCUCACAUGGCGGGUCGGGAGGAGGAGGAAGGCUCCUGGAGAAGGCUGGGAAGGACGGCUCUGCCCACCAAAGGCCAGGAUGAGGUGCUGGGCUAGGAGCGUGGAAGCCACCAUGUUUUGUUUUGGGAGCCCCACCUCUUGAAUCAAAUCCAAAUAAAGCAACAUUCCCA